UUUGGUUAUAGGCCAAACGCCUGGAUGACGAUGAUGAUGAUGACAACGACGAAGAAGUCUCUGGCAUUGCCGGCCAUUUAUAUUUGGAAUUUGUGAAGAGCAUCAAUGGUAAAUUUGUUGAAUUGGAAACUCCCGAAAGCCAUCCAAUGAUGUUGGACUAUGAAUACGAAUUACUUGUGGCCCGUAAUAUUGACAUUGCCAUUCAUCCGUUUUCCAAUCUCUUGCCGCAUGGUUAUUACGGCAGCUAUCCCAUUACCAAUACCAAUAGCUGUGUUCUGGUACCGGUUAUACCCGAAAUUUUCGUUGGCCAUUACAUUCCACGAAUUAUGAAUUUGAAUAUGUGGUUACAGGUUUUGGUGUUAUUCACAGGCUUCCAGGUGGCAUAUUUUCUAAUAGACAAGUUUAAUGGCGGCAAAUGGUAUCCCUGGAAAUCCAUAUCUCUUACCCUUAAAGGCAUGUUGAAUAUGUCGCUGGGUGAAAUCAAUGUUUCGGAGACCUUUGGUAUAUUCUCUAGGAGCCGUAUUCUUUUGAUACACAUGCUGGUGCUACUUUCGGGUAUGCUUUAUAGUUUAAGUUUUAUUGCUGGCCUUACCUCGGCCCUGAGUGCCACAAUAUUUGGCAAAAAGCUGGAAACAUUAGAGGAUCUGCGCAGGGCUAAUAUUUCUAUCAUGAUGUUGGAUUACAUGUAUUUUAUGUAUAACUACAUGGACAUUAUACCCAGCAGUUUCGAAAGUAAUGUACUAAUUGCCGAUGUGGAGACAGUAUCGCAUCACUUAAAUUCCCUGAAUACCUCCUUUGCCUAUGCGGUCUACAACGAAGAAUGGCAGGUGCUGCAGUCGUUGCAAAAGAAGUUGUGGAAACCGAAAUUUAGAAUUGCCUCCAAAUUGUGUAUUGCCAAUGUAUAUCUCUCAUUUCCCAUACAAUUUAAUUCGGCAUUUUAUCAUCCCCUCAAGAAUUUCAUCUUGAGAAUACGCGAAACAGGACUGGAAUUGAAAUGGACAAGUGAUAUAUUAAAAGAUAUACGAGAAACUACAAGUGGUGUAAAUCUAAUGAAUCACCAAGAAGAACAUCCAGUGCCCUUGACCAUUGAUCAUUUGCGAGUUAUUUGGACAGGUUGGUUUCUUGGCAUGCUGCUGGCCACAAUGGUAUUUCUUGUUGAGCUCUAUCUAAAGAGGAUUAAAAGAGUCGUUAGAAGAAGGAAUAAACAAUCAAAGAAAAAUAAAUCUUUUACGGAGAUGAUAAAAUAA